AUGUCUGUGAUGAUGGGUUCGAGCGAGAAUCCGAAACGUCAGGCCAAUAACUUUCUUGUUGCAGUGAUCGCAUCUUCUGGAAAACCUGGUAUGUUCAAACGGGGGUCGGCGCACCGGUCGACUAAAUUGGCAUCUCAAGCCUCCCUUAUCGUGGGUAGGUCCGUCUGGGAACAGCCUCGAGCUAGAAAGCUCACUUCGAAGGGGUUGAGGGUACAUCCAGUUUGUUCAGGAUGCCUUGCCAUGUGAGACUCAAUCUUUGUGUCGUUUCCAGUUUCCACCCCUCAACAGUCCCAUCAUCAAAGUUACGUGAUCAGGUUACACCUCGCAGCGUCGAAUUGUGAAGGUCUAUGCGUCACGCCCACCCUGGAAGACGGGUUGCCUGUUAGCCUAGCUGCUGGCUACCCUGCGCGUUCACAGGUGGCGGAUAGUGGGAUGACCUUCAGUGAAGGUUAGCUGUGAAAUAAGCAGGCCCAGGACUGGGGCUUUAUUGCUGACAACCCGACCAAAUUCGUUCGCUGGCGUGAGCACUUUGAGCACCAUCUCAAUUUCGAUACCCAACCUACCUCGCCCUUCCUCUCCUCUUCAGCAGAGUUUUUUCCCUCUCUUAUCUAUGUAGUGUCAUGCGACCCCCCACCCCUGAAGGAGAAGUCGCUAAUGCCAUACGAAAGUUGCGCAACAAUAAGGCGCCCGGAGAAGACGGUACACCCGCUGAAAUCUUCAAGUCUUGUGUUGACACUCUGGCGCCCUGGCUCCAUGAGGUGAUUGAACGAGCGUGGAGAGACGAGGUUGUUCCUGAUGACUGGGGCUUAGGCAUUCUUGUACCUAUCCUCAAGAAGGGAGAUAAGACGAGAUGCGAGAAUUACCGCGGCAUAAGUCUCGUCGACGUUGCAACGAAGAUUUUCGCUAUUGUCCUACUCAGGCGAUUCCAGGCUGUGCAUGACUCAAGGACGAACCCAGCCAAGCCGGAUUUCGUGCUGGACGAGGAUGCGCAGACCAGAUAUUUACAGUGAAGCGCAUUCUCGAAUUUCGCCAUAGCUACCAACAGCCGACGGCUAUUGCUUCAUUGACUUUGCUGCCGCGUUUGAUUCCGUUCACCGUGAGUCCCUGUGGCGGAUAACGGCGUUAGAUGUUGUACCGGCAAAAAUCAUCGCCAUGAUCAAGGCCUAUUAUCGCUCCACUACUGCGAAGGUCCUGGCCUGCAACAAUCUUUCCCAACCGUUCGGUAUUCGGUCUGGGUUGUAUCCUGUCACCCAUACUGUUCAACUAUGAUAUUGAUUGGAUCAUCGGGAGGGUCCUACGCGAGAGUGACGGCGUUGAGUUUGCAACCGGACAUCGACUGACUGAUCUCGAUAAUGUCGAUGUUUAUCGCCUUACUUGCUUCAAGUUUUGGUGAUCUGCAGUCUGUGGUGUCACGGGUGAACGAGGUCGCCAAAUCGGUCGGUUUAUCCAUAAAGGCUGGGAAAACCAAAGUGUUUUCAAGAUGCAUCCCUGACCAGUAGGAGGCAUCCCUCGGGAUUGAUGGCUGUCAACUUGAAGAAGUAGACAGUUUUAAAUACCUCGGGGUGAGGUUGCUGCCUAAUGGACAGAGUAAGGACCGCAUUGUCUCCCGAAUCGAUGCUGCCCGCUGGGUUUUCUCAAGCCUUCGGAAAUGCCUAUGGAACCGACAUGACCUCUCCAUCGCCACUAAGAUUCGCGUGUAUCGUGCAUCUGUCCGGUCUGUCCUUCUCUACGGUUGUGAGUGCUGGGCUUUGUGCGUGCAGGACGAGCGAAAACUGGAGGUAUUUGACCACCACUGCUUGAGGACCAUCCUUCGAGUGAAGUUCACCGACUUCGUUUCAAAUGAGACAGUCUGCGCUCGCUGCGACAACAUCGGAAGGAUAACUCAGGCCAUUCAAGAAAGACGACUGAAGUGGUUCGGACAUGUUCUUCGUCGUCCACCUCAGAAGCUCAGUAUAACUGCCCGCUAUCCGGCAUCGUUGCCCCAUUGGAGGUGUCGAAGAGGGGGUCAGUUCAAAACCUGGCCCGACACAGUUCGUCAAGACAUGGAGGUGGUUCUUGGACAUUCGAUAUUCGGUCUAAGUCGUUGGCGAAGGGAAUGGGUUGGACUGUCCAGAUCUGCUGCCGCGGAUCGUCACGCGUGGACAGGUACAGUUCGGGACAUCAUCGAGGCCGGCUAGAUCAGACAUGAUCGCAGCCGUAUCAAGUACAAGUACGCCCACCCCGAGGGAAAGCAGCAAUCAAGAGGCCGCAACCGGUACCUCUUUGGUACAAGCCGUCGCAUUCCACUUAUAGGAUUGCUGUUAUUUUAACCAUCGUCAGGAGGCGACUUUGGAAAAAUUUGCUUCACAUCCGUCCGCCACGAGGAAUCUGCGGGAUGGGGGACUGUCAACCCUUUAGUUGACUGAUGUGCUGCAGUGUGGGGUUGCUGUUAGGGUCCAGUUUCCUCAAAGUUUUGACAUUUCUGGGCGUCAUAUUUUGCGGCCUCGAACAUCUACACCGGUCCACCAAUAAUGAAUCGAUUCGCUAUUUCAGUGUCCAUUUUGGGUCAAUCGAGUUAAGUAUUGCCUUGGCAUGUUCACCCCGGUCUGUUUUGAUUACUGUUGAUUUGUCGCCGAUGCAGCCAGCUCCUUAUUUCGGUCUAUACUUGACAAGGACUAAGCUGCAGUGCAACCACUGCAGUCGUCGCAUGUAGAAACGAAUCAAUUUGAGGGAAUUUCAUUUAGAUAAAUAUUUACUCGGGGCAAGAUUUAGUCUUAUGAAAAUGCUUUAAAAGCGCGGUUAUCUGCUAAGACCCUGAGCUAUUAACUGUCGUCGUAUCAUGGUACGUCAGAUGGUACCACUGAUUAAUUUGACUCGUGUUGAAGGCUUUUCGCAGAGAAUACCGUUGUUGGUCAGUUCACAGCUAGGAAGUUAACAGGGUCAAGCAUUUCCUUUUAAUCCCUUCUCCAGGGUGGCGUGCCCCGGCGGAGUCACUGUCUUACAGAAAACCAGUUUUUCUGGGAAAUUGCUCCGCUGACCUCGUCGACUUGCUUGGAUAACUGCAUUUCACCAUUUAUUAUCAAAACAAGGUCUGAGAACUAUUCUUGCUAUCGGACUAUCGAGGUGCAAUGCAAAAGUUCCUUCCGAGCAGCAUAAAUCGUGACUUCUUUGUCUGUUGGGGAUUAGGCGUGCUUGCUUCAUCUCUUUACUGUGGGUUCCUGUGUGUUUGGUUUCCCGAUUAGCGAUCAUGUUUGGCGUUGGGUCUGAUCUUUGAGCUCUCUUCAUGCUUCUGUUUGUUGUAGUACAAAGGCACCAUCUUUUGUGCUGCAAAUGGUUUCAAUUUCGGGACCGCCGCUAGUGUGUCCCUGAGAGUUCUGUGACUUAUGAACUGGAAUUUCGAACGCACCGACCACCUUGUCUGGUCUUUAUUUAGUCAUAUUGGUUGAUAAUUUUGUGCGCCCUUUGGUCAGCAACGGUAUGGAGAAGGACCCCACUUUACUGACCGCAGACUGUGAAUCACGUCAUAUGGGCUUUUAUCUUGGCACCCAUUCGCAGGUCUUCGCAGACAUUCUGCUGCUAAUAACAAUCACCUCCCAUGACUUCAAACCAACAUUCAAACUCCUUUAUUUUUCGAGAUUUGCUUUUUGUUUAUUUUCAGUUACCGCGCUCAUUUCCGUUGUCGUACGAAAACGUACGAUGAGUCUUUCAGGAGAAAUCCAGACAAUUUCUGUUUUCCUGCUUUUCGUCAGCUUACUGUCUAGUGCGCUGCCCCAUUCGUAAAACUCCCCGUAUCACCAAUCACGUAUGACACGAUCCACGGUCUACCAACAGUAGAGUGGGGUCCUCUUCCAUAUCCUUGCCGACUGGUCUUCCAGGCAUGCUUAAGACUCGUCUUUUAUUUCGUUCCAUCUUAGCUAGUGGCCGUUACUAAAUAUUAAUGGUGUGAUUUAUUCCUCUUUCAUGCCAUAGCAUUAUUCACCGAAAACCACGAGCGAGCACUAGUCCUUAUUGCUGCUGUGAUGACACGUAUGAGGUCUCCUCGCUAGUGUCGAAUCAAUAAGGCUUUGCAGGUGCCGCUUAUGGAUCGAAAUGCAGUUGACGCACUAUUGUUAGAAUGCAGCUGAGCAGUGAUUGAUGCCCUCAAAAAUACUGGUUUAUUCUAACAAAUCGCAAAGCGGAGCACUGAGGACUCGUAAACGAUGCUCAUUUAGGCGAAGAUAUGAGUUAUAAUCCGAGGAGAAAUAUAUAAUUUGAAGAGCUCUACUGGCUGUUUAACGUCUUAAACAGCCUCCCAUUGUACGAAAUCGUAAUCGAAAUGUUACAGGAUGGUCGGGCUACGUUUAUUCAUCCUGACAUUUCGCAUUGUUGAACUUGCUGUCUAUUUUCGCAAACUAGGAACACAGAAUUAGUCUUGUAGAACAGUUAGAGUAUACCAUAGUACUUGCUGGGCAAUAUUUGCGUCGCCCCAAAGGUUGAUCAUCGGGACUGUUAUGACCCUGCCUCGUCCUUAGAAUUCGCGUGGAGCGUAUGCGCACCCGACUCUUAUCCCCAAUACCAACGCGGCAGAGAAGGAGAACGAGACCGGUCACGAAAAAGUGUAUUAGGAAAUUACAAGUUAAGUCAAGCUUGAGAAAACGCACGUGGCCUCCACUGAUUGGCUGGCUCUUGUUUUUGGGAGUGUAGAUACUCCCAACAGGGACCUCACCAGCCCCGUAACUGAUGCUGUACCUACAGUAGUGGUCUGACCGCGAUGAUCUCAGUCACUUCAGUCUUGGGCGACCGCGCGUGCGGGAGUGGCGCCUAGGCAGUUCCGCACCUGUCGCGUGUCGACGACCGUCCUUGAUUUUAUUGCUGAUGUUUGCGCUUCCCAAAUUCGUUCGCUGAGGCUUGGCUGUUUGAGUCCGUCUACACGACAGAUUAAAUGCCGAGACCAGCCAUUUUCAGAAGUUGCUGAAGAAUUUUGGUGGCCUUGAAGUGUCUAACUCAGGAAUUCGACCGAUGCUUGACAAAAUCCUAUAGGCGUGAUACUGAUCAAGCGACCUAGACGCAAAAAGACGGAAGUUCCACAACCACAGAGGGCGAAUUUCAUCCGCCUCGCAUUCACAACUGCUCGCCACGAUGAGGGAUGAAGGGUUGAUUUCCACACACUAAAACGGGAUAUGCGUAAGCAAGCCACCACCCUUCUCUCAGGUUAUUUGCCAAUCACAUUUUCUGUCCACAUAGGUAGGCAAUUUGGCUGGCACGUCGAUGCAUGGCAUUCCGACUGUCAACACUUUAGUGAACACCCAUGCAGCAGCGUGGCCCCCAUUAAUUAAUCACCACUGUAGGCUGUUUGUACUAAUAGUAGAUUUGCCGUCAUCAAAGCACGAAAGGAGUGCGGAACGCAGUCGGCUUGAGCAUCCAAUUCACAAGUGGUAUGGAAACAAACGACUUAAAUACUCUGACAUCCACGUGUACCCUUGUGCAAUUGGGGAACCACGAAAUGUGGGGUUCACAAACUCCUCCAGCAGUGCACCAGCCAACAAAGUGACUGAACACCUCGACUUCCUAGACCCUUCAGGGAAGACGGGCGCUUAAGGAAUGCUGCCCGGCAAGGCAGUCCGAGACCGAUAGCCAAAAAACUGCGAGCCAACAGUUGAAAGUGGUCGUGGCUGUCCUUCGAUGGCUACGGCCCCUCAGGGUAGGACGGUGAGACGCAACCUACGGCCUGACUGUUGUCUGAUUAAUUACAGACAGCCGAGUAUUGCAGCCUAAUGCUGAGAUCAUAACUUUAUUAACCCGAUAUCUACGAUUAUAAUUGGAACCCCACCCGAAAACGUAUGAAUAUUGGGAGAUAAACAGGUCCACGUGCCACAUUUUUCCCCACAGCGGCUGCUUACAAAGCCUUACGUAAUAAUGACUGCAACCACAUCGGCGAAACAGGCGAACGUUGCAGAUACGACUGCACAAAAGGAUGCCGGAGGCUGGAUCUCAAUUCGGUUUCCGAGAAGCGACCAUUGAAGGCGUAGACCGUGGUUACACCUCCACCGGGAAUGGAAAGGGGACUAAGAUGUCAAUUCUGCCCUCCAGCGCAUCGAUCUCCCGCGAUCUUACCAGUUCUUAAUCCAUUUUCUCCACGGUAGGCAUAAAGAUAUCAAAGAUGGAUUCGAACGGGGGCGACUUGAAAAUCGACUUAUCCGACAAGCUAACUCGUUACCCAGCAGGUUUAACUACACUCCAUUGACGUGACUAUUAACCAUACACGACGACCACCGACAUUUCGACCGUCGCCUCCGACGAUGUCCACCGUGUGCUCGGCAGCAAGAUUAAGCGGGCACGAUGAUUUGUGCGUGAAUUAAUUUGUAGGGAAUGUAGGCUUGCGCAACGUCUAUCGCACUCUGUACUUCUCCCCCACUCGGGCUUAAAGACAACACGGGGUCAAGAAGAGGCGGAGGAGCGCGCAGAUGGGUGGCACUGUCGAGCUCGCACCUUGGCGAUCCACUCCACACCUCCUGGUCCACACAGCAAAUGACCAGAAAUUUAACCAACAGCAACAGUGGGGAGGGCGGCAGGAGUCGCAUGUGCGCGACGUUUGCCGGCAACUGGGUCUGCCGCCACACCCCGAAAUUUUGGCAUUUGUUAUGAUGUGCAUUCCGAAAUCGCCUGCCAGAAUUCGAUAUGGCCCUAGUGCUGGUCCAGCGCGUCUACCACGUGGCCCGUAUAAAGGUAACCACUACCGCUGUCGCGUACGUCAGGCAACCCCAAGCAGUCCCUGAGUGGAAACAAGAAAAUCGGUUGGGAACAGUUCCGGCCAAAUCCAACAGGCUUUUUGCAGUCGGUUUGUCUGUAUCAGCAGACUCAGCUAGAAACCAGAUUGCUGACAUGUUUCAUCCAGUGGUAUAUUUUUUCUUCCUUUUCACAGUCGACUCACUUGAGACACGAUCAACUGCCUCAUGCAUUUUAUGGCUGGGGCAAGAUCUUUGUCUUUUGUGAAAUUAAACUUGAACCAUGUUCCGGUCCUCCUGAUUGAGAUAUAUAUCAUGGUAUCUGGUCUCAUCUCCGUGACUUUCGCAUAAGUCCCGAAAUGGAAAAGGAAUGGGACGUAGGGAGAUUUAGUCUGAGUUUGCAAAUUCUUUCUUAUUACUAACCCACCCCUGUCACUUUUUGACUAUCGCGACCUCUUAGCUGUCAUGUCCUUGGAGGUUAACGACUGACAAGAUACUACGUUAGUGAGGCUGUUAUGACUUUUACUUCAGUUCUGGUGGACAAGAGUGUUUGAGCAUUGAUCCGGUCUGCUGGGAAAAACAUAAUAGCAUGUGUGUAACAUGCAAAACUUGAAAAAAGAUUCCUCGUCAGCCAACUGUGCCCAAGCUCUUUCCCAGUCAGUUGGCCACCUCCUUGCAACUUGAACACAGUGGAGGAUGAGGAACAAGAGCAGUCGAGACAGAACACUCGCACUUUAUUCCGACUCACUCAUUCUUCUGGCAGCUGUGAUCUCUGUCAAGCACGACAGAGGCAUUUUCUGGACGUUAUUUUGGAUUCGUUAUUUUACAAUUCAGGGCCAAAGGUACCGUACUUUGAUGUUAAUUGACUAACCUCCUUCCUACAUUGUCAUGUGUUUACGUAGUUUGGGUAGAGUAUCUGGUAAGACCGGGAAAUCAGACAUACUGUUUUAGUAUGAUGCUGACGUGUUCUACGUCUGUGCCUGGGCAAAGGGUACGAGUCAUACAGAUGUUAGAAGUUAGUGCCAAAAGUUUUCCUUAGUAUGCCGUAAUGGGAUUGACACUAUCCUACCUGCCAGCGUGGCACCUCAUACCCAAAUUGUUGAUCGUCGUAAACUGUACAGCACUCAUAUAUCCAUGCACUCGGUCUAUUUCCACCCCCCCCCCCUUUGAGGUGCACGUCUGUCACUUUGUUCAGUCUAGAUUUGUAUUAUAUGUAUACAGCCUUGGUGAAGCAGUCCCCGAAACUUUCUCCGUCUCUAAAGAAACGCAAUGUUUUUUCAAAUUAAUGCAGAAACGGUUUUGACGGGCGAUUUCGAGCGCACUCUAGACUCCGUGGAUCAUGUGUAUAACGUGAACAAGGGGGCCCUCGACUCUAGUCUGUUAUACAUCAAAUCAAAAAGCUGAUGCAAAUGAGUAUUCGAUGUUGCAUUUGCUAUUUUGUGAUACUUUUCUUAGCCGAGGACAGGGUUAACUGAGAAGCAAAGUCGACGCUGACUUUUCUUCCCCACUAAAGUUAACACCUACGCGAACACAUUGUGAUUGUCAGGAUUGGUCAGCUAACUGCAAACUCGGAGCUCAUGAAUCCGCUUAGUUUCACCUUUACGCAUGCACCGGCCACAGAUGAGAACAAAUUCUCAGUUGCCAAUCGCUUAAGGAUAAAGGCAACUUCUCCAACCUUGUCUUCCUGACUUCUGACUUGAGAAUGGGAUGUCUUAGCGUGCUUGAGUAAUCUCUACUCUCAGAUGCCUUGUGUUUCAAAAUAUCAAAAUCCAACGAAUAAAUGUCCGUCUCUACUACAUCUAAGAAGUACUUCGAUACAACCGGUCAACAAGGGAAACUACGAUCCAAACAAGGGGUUUGGCGCGCAGGUUAACUUUAUCCUGCCUACUACCGUGCAUAAUGUCCCCUGGGUACACAGUAAAGCUAUUAGCAUGGAUACUUUCAGUUUCCUGCUGCUUAUUUCACGUCCCGUCUGCUGCCUGUGGUCGAGAUAGUGUUUGUCGACAUCCGUGCCUGGUGUAACAUACCAAGACGUCUCGCUAAGCUUGGUCAAAUGGACGAAUAACUGAAUUAUUUGAACCUCUCCUUUGCCUAAGUUUCUGCUGGGCUAGUUCGACCGAGAAACGGUCUUUCGUGGGUAGCCCUCUUUUCAGCCUCCUUAGUGAUCUGUCUAUCAUGUUUUGUUUAAACACCUGUAGAUGCCAUACGCAACAAUGAGCAGUAUCUUGGCUGCCAUUCAGAAGUGAUUCGGCAAACAACGAUAGAAUGGUUCCACGGAAACCGAGAUCGAUACAACGGGCGAGCAAAACGGCGACGCACUGCCGAUAUGGUACAGAAUUUUCUACCAAGUAAUAACAACGCAUUUAAUUAGGCUCCCCUGGAUUGUUCAGCGACCAGCCGUGACUGUACAUCAAAAAAAGUUACCCGGUAA